AUGGAAUUAUACACCGAGACGCCGUACUUAGAAUAUUUUGACACGAACGCAAACAUGACGUACGACGAGAUGUUAGAGAAAGUGACACAUUCGACGACACUGUAUGUCGGGAAUUUAGGGCCGAGUGUGACGGACAAAGAACUGAACUAUUUAUUUGGGGAAUAUGGAGAUCUGACCCGGAUUAUCAUGGGUGUGAACCAUCGGAAUGAGUACUGUGGGUUCUGUUUUGUUGAGUACAAAACGCGGGAAGAUGCGGACUAUGCGAAGCGGGCGCUUGAUAAGACGCAAGUUGAUGGGAAGUUUAUUCGCGUUGAUUGGGACUACGGAUAUAAAGAAGGAAGAGAGUUUGGAAGAGGAAAGGAUGGGGAACAAAAGCAGUCGCAACGGCGGUUUGAACGAAGAAGGUUUGACGACUAUCGAGACAGAGGCGAACGAAGGGAUUGGGAGCGAAGAGAGCGAAUGGAUGAUUAUCGAGAUGAUCGAAAUUAUUUAAGAGAUGAUAAAGCGGAACGAAGAAGAACUAGAGAUGACGAUGAGGGAUAUUUACCCGCUCGAGGACCUCGAAGAUUUAAUUGA